CCGAGACAUCCACCAAUGCUUCCACAGAUAUCCCCGUAUUUAAUGUACCCGAAAUCACAAUCCCGAAACCAGAAAAAAUAGAUCCCAUUUCAUUAACCACCAAUCGAAUCGAAAAAGAUCAACCAGAAUAUUCAGUUGCUUCGUCAUCUAAGUCUACUGAUAUAUCCAUGACUCCAGAGAUCGAACACGUAGAACCAUCAGACGAUAAACAUAAAUCACCAGAAAUUAUCGAGGAAUCAGAGAUUCGAGGCAUACCUCAUCAUAACGAAGUAUUCCCCCAGCAGAUAUCAUAUCCACCCGGAUAUCAGACCAGGGAGCAACGGGAGAAACGUCUCAGGCAAUGGGCUAUAGAUCAUAAUGAGGAUCCCGAUAAGUUCGUGACCAUUACAGAUAAAGACAAAACUGAUUCAAUAGACUAUCUCACAAGGAUAGAUGUUGACGCAAAUACCUGUCUCUUUAAUAUAGAACAAGGUAACGAUCCCCACGAUUUUAUGGAAAUGACGCAUCGGGAAAGAUUGAUAGGAGAAGAAAUCUUACGCCGUAGACUUGAAGAUGCAGGCGAAUCCAUAUGGCUUGACACUGAUGAAGAAUGGAUAAAAAAUAAAACCAUACUCCAGGAAAAUGGAUUGCUAUGGGGGCUUUUUUGCCUCUUCAAACUAGAAGCCGCAAAACAUCUUGGUUAUGACAUUCGCGAAGUUCGAGAUGGGGUCGCAAGAAGUAGUAAUGCCGGAUCUGGUAUAUCCAAACCGCCUCAAAAUUAUAAUGGCACCGUUUUCGAACUGUGGGAAGAAAUUGAUGCAUUAUUCAACGAGAAAAAGCGUGUCGAAAAACGGUCCAUGGCAAGGCUGUACCCGAAGAAAUCCUAA